AUGCGCGGAGACUCGGAGCGUAAGCGAUGGCGAAAUUCCUGCUUUUUAUGCAAGGUCGACCAACCUGUGAAGCAAAGUUAUCUCGAUAGAACUGACCACUUAGGAGAGCCUCUCUCGUGGUGUGAAUGAGUAAAACAUGGCAGACCACACCCCGCCUCUGGAGUCCGGCCAGCUUCUCAGCCCUGAACUCCCCAUCCUGGCGUCACCACCGCCCCCAGCUAUGGUCAACGGGGAAGGCCCGCAGCAGGUAAUCCUGGUGCAAGUAAACCCAGGUGAGGCUUUCACUAUUCGACGGGAGGAUGGUCAAUUUCAGUGUAUCACAGGUCCUGCUCAGGUUCCCAUGAUGUCUCCAAAUGGUUCAGUGCCUCCAAUCUAUGUGCCUCCUGGAUACAUUUCACAGAUCAUUGAAGAGAAUGGAGUGCGACGGGUCCUGGUGUUGCCGCAGCAACCGGAGUUCCACCCGGGCGGCCACUCACCUCUCCACCAUCCUCCACCGCCCCCCCAUGCCCACCUACCUGCCUUCAUCCCACACCCGGCCAUGAUGCCCCCGCCCCCUCACCUGUACACAAGCAUGGCAGGCGGAGUGGGUGACAUGAGCUCGCAGUACAUCUCCCAGUAUCAUCCGGCCCACAUCUACUCAGAGCAGGUCUCUGCAGAUUCCCACUCCCAACACGGUCGCCCGGCAUUUGUCCACAGAGACGACAGAACGAGCAAAACGUAUGAGCGCCUCCAGAAGAAACUGAAGGACCGGCAGGGAGGCAGCGGCGGAGGAGGAGGAGGAGGGGGAGGAGGGCAGGUGAAGGACAGCCCUCCACUUUCGCCUCAGAAGACAUGUGGAAGCCCCACGACGCUUGACGUCCACAACGGUGUAGGAGCCAAAGGGCCCGAGGCAGAGCAGCCCGGUCAUGUGGCAGACAAGCAAGGCCGGGGCAAAAACGGAGAGGCUAGAGAGCUGGAUGCAGCAGCACAGGCCCUGCAAGCACUGCUGAGCACCAUCAGUAAACCGGUGGUGUCAGACAUCCAGGCCCGGGCGGUAGAAGCGAGCUGGAGCGUACCCAAGACGGAGGAUGACAGCACCCUCACAGGAACUCUCAGCUAUGAGGUCUCCGUCUCAUUUAGCGGCAAGGAUGGGAAGUACAAGAGCAUGUACUGUGGCGAGGAACUAAGUGCAACUUUAGAGAACCUUCGACCAGCAACAGACUAUCACAUCAGGGUCCAGGCAAUGUGUAACUGUUUACAGGGAAGCCCAUCCGAGGUCGUGAGCUUCACCACGCUAAGCUGUGAGCCAGAGCCUCCCAAUGCUCCCAGGAAGGCCAGCGGGACCAAGAACACUCUCGUACUUCAGUGGAAGGCUCCAUGUGACAACGGUUCAAAGGUCCACAACUACAUUCUUCAAUGGGAUGAGGGGAAGGCCACUGCCGUGUUUGAGCAGUGCUACUACGGACCUCAGAAACAGUACAGAGUGACCAAGCUUUCGCCAGCCUCCAAAUACUCCUUCCGCCUCGCAGCCAAAAAUGACAUGGGCGUCAGUGAAUUCAGUGAGUCUGUGGAGCUGUUCACCUCAUGCAGUGUGCCAUUGCCGCCCUUCCCUCCGGAGCUGGUGAUGGUCGGCGUCACCUGGUUAUGUCUCAAGUGGCAUCGACCCAGCAGCUCGCCCAAGGAGGACGACGUCUGCUACAUCCUGGAGAUGGAGGAGGAAGGCUCGGGUUAUGGUUUCCAGCCAACCUACGACGGCGAUCAACUCUCCUGCACGGUCAGGAACCUCCACAGGAGCACCAAGUACAAGUUCCGGGUGGCGGCGUACAACUCUGAGGGUAAGAGUAACCCCAGUCCGGUAGUGGAGUUCAUCACCAACCCAGACAGACCCAGUUAUCCGUCCAGGCCCGUCAUCAAGGGCAAAGUCCUGCCCAACAGCUUCAAGUUGGCCUGGGAUCCCCCAAAAGAAAAUGGUGGUGCAGAUGUCACCAAGUAUGUUGUGGAGAUGUCUGAGGGUUUAAGUGGUUUGUUGUGGGAGCUGGUGUAUUCAGGCCCAGCCAUGGAGCAUGUGUGUGAUGGCCUCAAGCCGGGCUGCUCCUACCAGAUGAGAGUGUACUGCAUGAGCGAGGGGGGGCAGAGCCCGCUGUCGGAGACCCUGCAGGUCCAGACUCCCGCGGUGCCUCCUGGGCCCUGCCAACCCCCCCGACUGGUGGGCAAGCCCAAAGCCCGAGAAUUGCAACUGCGCUGGGGUGCGCCUCAGGUGGAUGGCGGCAGCCCGGUGUCGUGCUACAGUGUGGAGCUGAGCGGGCCGCAGUCAGAGGAGAGCAGGGAGGUUUACCAGGGUCCCGAGCUGGACUGUUCCGUUGGGGGCUUGAUGCCCGGCAGGACCUUCAGCUUCCGGCUCAAGGCGGGAAACAAGGCGGGGUUUGGGCCUCUCUCUGAACGCUAUGAUGUCACCACCGGUCCCGGGGCCCCCGAGCAGUGCAAGGCUCCUUCCAUCAUGUGCAAAUCACCCAGCUGUGUUGUGGUCAACUGGGAGGCACCGCCUUGCAAUGGGGCUCCGGUGACUGAGUUUCGUCUGGAAUGGGGGGCCGCCGAGGGCAGCAUGCAGGUUUGCUACAGCGGAGCAGCCCUCAGCCACGAGAUGAAGGGCCUGCUGCCCGCUAACAACUACUUCUGCAGGGUACAGGCUUUGAAUGUGGCAGGUGUGGGCCCCUUCAGCGAGGCAGUCCUAUGCCAUACCCCCUGCUCCGUCCCCGCCGCCGUCUGCAACAUCUGCGUCAUGAAGGAGUCCGAGCUCCUCAGUUUUGGCGAUCCCGAGGAGAAGGAUGAGGAAGAGGAUGAGGAGAAAGGGGUUUGGCAGCUGUCUCUCUAUUCGCCAUCCACCUGCGUGGGCAUCUGCUGGGACCCCCCCUGCGACCACGGCUCUGAGAUCACGUCCUACCUGAUCGACCUUGGCGAGCGCCAGCCCGUUCUGGUCGGCCCAGUCACAAAACAUGUCAUCCAGCACCUGCAACCCGACACCAGCUACAGGAUCCGAAUCCAGGCCCUGAAUAGCUUGGGCACGGGACCUUUUAGUCACACCUUUAAGCUGAAGACCAAGCCCCUGCCCCCGCAGCCGCCCCGCCUGGAGUGCACCGCCUUCAGCCACCACACCCUCAGGCUCAAGUGGGGCGACGGUCCAGCUAAAGCCGCCGCCUCAGACCCUCUCCAGUAUCAUCUGCAGAUGGAGGACAAGAGUGGCAGAUUUAUCUCCUUGUAUGAAGGAACAUACCACACCCACAAAGUGCAGAGGCUUAAUGAGUCUACCUCCUACGCAUUCCGCAUCCAGGCCUUGAACGAGGCGGGCUCGGGGCCCUUCUCCGCUGUUUACACCUUCACCACCCUGCGCUCUCCCCCGGCCCCCCUCAAAGCCCCAAAGGUGGAGCGAGUGGACGACAGUUCCUGCGAGGUGAGCUGGGAGGCGCUGUUGCCCAUGAAGGGCGACCCGAUUGUCUACACUCUGCAGUUCAUGAUGGGAAACUCUGAUUUCAAGCAGGCGUACAAAGGUCCUGGGACUUGUUUCACGGUGCAGCACCUACACCCCAACAGCGACUACCGCUUCCGGGUGUGCGCCAUCCGGCAGUGCCAUGACCCGCCCGAGCUGAGCGGCCCGUACAGCCCCACCGUGACGCUCGCCGUUCAGCGGGGGGGCGACACGGUCGCCUCGGCGUCCUCUUCCUCUUUGAGGGCGGCCUCCUCCUCGACGUCGGGCCGGGCUGGCCGCAGCCUGACGGACGAGCAGUGCGCCUUCCUGCUCCUCAUGGUGUUUGCCAUCAUCGCCAUCCUCAUCGCGUUCGUCAUCCAGUACUUUGUCAUCAAAUGAGCGCCGCCGCCAGGGUACCACGGUUAUUAAUGCUUUAUUUUUUUUUUCUUCCUUUCACGCUUUCUCCAUCUCCUGCUUCCCACCUGAGACGACCAGUGGGGGCUUCUAGUCACACAAAGAAUAUAUACAUUACUCCCAAAAAAUGAGGGAUAUUGGGUGAAAUUUCAGGAUGAUCCUAAAAUGCCCUUUACCGGUGAACUUAGUUUGACGUGUCAACUUUCAGUACUUUUUGCAUAACUUGCUGUUCUCUAACAAGGAUGUGAGCUGCAAUUUAUUUUGUAAAUUUCCAAAUAAGUCUGCUUCUAUGCCUUUCUGUGACUGAAUCCUGUCUCUCUGUAGCAGACACUUUAAGAUCAUUGGCCCCUUCCCGAUGUUCCAAGAGGGAGGUGGCCACUGACAUUCUGCCAGGGGUGUCAAACUCAUCAGUCAUAGAAAGGCCUAAUCACCUUAUACAAUUUCGACAGCAAAUUUCAGUACUAUAAAUUCACAAACGAUGGAAAAUAGUUGUUUGAUUUAUGCUAAGGGAUUUGGUAGGGAAAAAUUGCACUUUCGGUACAAAGUUUUAGUUAUAGGGCUAAAAAAAAAAAAUACGACAGGUUGCGACAGAGAGACUGGAAUAGUCACAGAAAGGCAUAAAAGUGGACAUACGUCCUUGGAAGUUUCAACUUGUGAAUUUUGCCUUUCAGCUUCUUGUUCCAGAGAGGGUUAUAAAGCACCAACGCCAUGCAUCUAGCAUGUACACAAUUAUGAACCAGUGUUACAUAACCGACUGUACUUGGUCAUGAAGUUAUUCAACACAAGCCAUCUUCUCAUGAGGCUAAUCAAUAGUAUUAGCUAGCAUACUAGCCUAAAUGACAUGCUAGUACAGACUACAUGGGCUACGAGUAACUACAUCGGGAGAGAAGCAAUAGCAUACUUGUUGUGAAUCCAUGUUAGAAAGCAGCAAGUUGUGCAAAAACCACUGAUGCGUUGAACAGCUGCGCAUUCCAAAUUUACCAAAGGUCAAAUUAGGUUAACCUGUAAACACUAAAGUGCAGUGGAUCUCAAAAUUUUUACACAAACUAUCACCAAAAAAAGGCUCUUGAAGGAGCAUCAUCAUGACCAACAUUAUAAAAUUGUACCAAAAUAAAUGUCUAAAAAUGUUUUUAAAGAUGACAUACAAAUAUAGUGAACUCUGGACUGGGAAUCACUGUUUAGAUUCAUCCUAAAAAUGUCACCCCUAAAAAGCCCCAAAUCCCAAACUUUUUGUGAGUACUGUCCAUGUGUAUGAUCCUUAUUUAUAUUUGCAGUCGUGUCCAUUAUGAAGCUAUUUUCCCAUGGAGAUAUGUAAUAUGUAAUAUGUGCGGGACCCGGUGGGGCCAGUGAAUUUGCACAGUUGGGGGCUUGAGGACCACAUGAAGGGACUUUUAAUAAAAUCCCAAAAAUAUAUAUAAAAAUAAAAACCAGGCUGGAUUUCACAGUGUGAAAAUCCACGUUCUAGAAGGUUUGCACUUUUUUUUGUUUGUUUUUGUCCAGUUUUUUGUUUUUUUUCUGUUUGUGUUUGUUUGUUUGAUCGAGUGGGGAAUGUUCAAGGAUGCAGAAAUGUGAGUGGAGAAAUCCUAUUUUUGUACAGCAGCAGCGGUGGGAGAUGACAAAAGAAAUUGCUUGGUCUAAUAGAAAGCAAACAAACAAGUGAAACUCUUUUUUACUCUCUUGAUGAUGAUGAUGGUGGUGAUGAUGAUGAUGAGCUGUAGCUUGUUUUUACAUUCACGCAGCAGCUGCUUGACUCCAAAAUUCUUGUCCAGCACACACACAAAAUUCCGCUUCCCUUUUGUUGUUAACUUGUUUUUUUCUCCCCCUUCUUGAUUUUGUUUUGUUGCACAUUAGUAAAAGAGAAGAAGAAAAAAAAAAAAAAAAAAAACCUUGGCUAACUGCGGGUCCGCAUUUUACGCAACAAACUUUUUAAAAAAAUAUAAUAAUAAUAAAAAAAAGUUGUCGUCACUGAAACAACUGAGCAAAAGUAAGAAAAAUAUUGAGGGAAAAAACGAUAAAAAGUUGUUGUUUCAGAGGCCUUAAUUGGGAAAAUCUUAAUUUCAUGUCGGGACUGUUUUUUUUUUCUCGUUUUUUUUUUUUUCUUUUUUUUUAAGUUAGUGUUUUUAUUUCCUUUUCAUUCUUUUUUGCUAUGUUUUAUUUGAUAUCAGUAACGAGGAGAUACGUCGUCGUCGUUUGUGCAUGUUUAGUUUCAAUUUUAUUUUAUUUUUUUUAUUUUGGGCUUGUGCAGAGUUGUGUGAAGUAUAUAUAUCUAUUUUUUAUAUCCUAUGUAAUAAUAUAAGUUGAGGUAAAUAACGACAUGCUGAGCACCCCAUCCGUCACAUUAUUACUUCUGUGUACUACGAAAUCGUUUGACUAUUCUUGUCUUUAGUCAGAAAAUUGCAACUGUUACUAAAUAAAAAAUAAUGAAAAAUCCAUAGGUACCUUGCAUAAAUUCUGUCGAUUUGGUCCUCAAUUGUCCUCUCGCUCUCUCGCUCUCUCUCUCUCUCUUUUGAUAGCAAAGUGUGCCAUUUAAAUGUGAGCUGUUCGGUUUAGGGAGAUUAAAAAGAAAAAGCGACAAAAAAAAGUCAAAAUAUGCACAAAAAUGGAGACAGAACCAUUUUUAUGUCAUUUUAAUCUUUGCAGUUAUACCUCAUUCACCAUACAUUCCAAAAAUGACUAAUUUGUUAUACGAUACCUAUUUAGCGAGACAUAUCACUUUCCAAAUGUUGAUUAUGUGGGCGGGGAAAUGUAAUGUAAUCAUAGAAAUGUAUUUAAGGUUUAUAUGUAUAGCCAUGAUAUCGAAAACAGAAAAUCCCAUGCACAAUAAAAGAUUUAUUCUUAA